AUGGAGACAUAUUACGGGCACGUCCGCACUCCGGCGGACGCUAUUAUUUUAUUCGAGGCUUGUCGCAUCGGCCUUUUACCCCGAGUUCAAAGACGACUUUCAGAAAAAGAGCGACAGUCGAUUCGAUCUGGCUCGGUCUUUGUAUGGGAUGAGCGCGAAGCGGGCAUGCGACGAUGGACCGACGGAAAGUCAUGGAGCGCCAGUCGUGUGUCGGGGAGCUUCUUGACUUAUCGAGAAAUGGAAGGCAAGCGUGGAGGUGGUGUUGCUCAGAGCUCUUUACAACGCGGGGGCAAAACACCGGAGAGCCGGGGCAGCGAUGAAGAUCGCGGCGAUGGGACAGAUGAGGGACCAGAUGGGUACCGAUAUAAGCCCGAUGGAUUGAUGAAGCAGUCGUUCAGUAUCACAACGUCCAACGGCCAACACCUGCAUUUGAUCAGCUACUAUUCGCGCUCUCACCCAUCUGCCGCCAACCUUCAACAACCGACAUCCGAUCCUGCGCUGCGCCAUGUUCGCCCCCAAAAGGGCCUCUACCCGGAGUCCACCGUGAACGACCAGCAAAACCUCCCCGUGGUCACUCGGGGACCUAUGCAGGGUGCCUCGUACCCAAUUACGCCUCAUCCCAUCGGCGCUUACCAGCGCGCCGCCCAUGCACCCCCAUUCCCACAAGGCUAUGCAUGGCCCCCAACUCCUCUAGCCACGCCCCCAACUGUUGCAGUUCCAUACGGCGCCCAAUAUCUUCCCCCCAUGGCGGCCGCCGGGCCCCCUCCAUAUGGUCCCCCACACCACCAACCACCGCCUCAGCAUUCUAACCUUCCGCCCCCUCCGCACGGGAUCCCCGGUCCGUACGAUCGGCCGCCCCAUGUCGAGGCGACAUUACCACCAGGCGGGCCUCCGGCUUACUUAGCCCGGUCGCCGCGUACAAUGCAUGACCAGCACGAGCAACGAAGUCCUCCAGUAUACGGACAUGCGAUGGUCGAUCCACGCGUGGCUUCAUCACCGCGAGUACCAGUGCAACCCCUCGUACAGCAAAACGGACACACACAUAGUCCUCGUCUACCGAAACAAGAACACCCCGCAUUGCAGCCUCUCAACCCUAUCGGUACACCACCAAAGCCCCUGGACCCCAGUGCCGGCAAUGGAGUCCCAGGGAUCAGCUCACUGAUGAACGGCGCCGCCCUGGCUCCUUUAUCUGCGUCAACUGCUCCACCUCCUCCCGGGGCCGUCGCAAGCCCCAACGGAGCGCCCACGCAGGCAACAUCAGGCGAGGGGCCGCGCGACAUUCCGAACGAGAAAAUCGGAUUCGGAGGCGAGGACAUGAGAGCCCUGCGCCAGCUAGACCGGGCCUUCAUCGCAUAA